AUGGCUGUGACCAAUGCCGCUCCUACAUCACUGCCCGCGAACCUCCCAUCCUUGAUUCCCCCAAUCAAAACCCUUCAAGCUGCUGGAGACCACAAGAAGCCCACCGACACACCUAAACAGACGAAAACAAAAAGCGCAAAGACAAAAGAGAACAGCAAAGUUGCCAUUGACCAGUCAAGCCCGCUGGUUCCUAGUGCGAGUGUGGAUACUGGUGCAGCUCGUCUCCCUGCCGUCGUUGUCCAGAAAGAAACUGGCUCCCAGGAUCAAGUUACUACUGCUGCCGUCGUUGCAUCAACUCGUCUUAACUCUGCACCAGAUGCAAGACCGGCUCAUCUCCUCAACACUGCUGCUCUUUCCCUUCUUGCUGACUGCGCCUCUCUUCUCAAGGAUUCUGCGGCCGGUACUCGCCCUGCUGCUGCUGCGCCAAAAAAUGUCCUUCCUGCUCAGACUACUGUCGUUCCUCCUGUCGUUGCUCAGGCUACUAUUGUUCCUCCUGUCGGACACUCUCUUCAGUUCAACAAGCGUGGUUUAUCGAUCGUUUUAAAUCCCGAUCUGCCUGCUCCGAUACCAUCAUCUACGAGCUCAACGCGCGGACCUGCCAUGCCCAUUAGAUCCACUGCACGUACUUCUCCUCUAUCCAACACUCCCGACUCCUCGAACAUUUUUCCUGCAGUACCGCUAUCGACGAGACUCCACGGUCUUCCCACUCCCAGUGCAACUCCUGUAAAGCCCAAAAACAAUGCUCAGAGCUUCGCCCUCAUGCGAGACCCUGUGUGGCUGGAAAGGUGUGUUGAAGAACUCAAGGAGGAGGAGGAGGAGGAUGAUGAUGAUGAUGAUGUAGAAGUACGUCUCUCGAAACGCCAAAAGACGAAUGAUAAAGGUGCCCAGGGGCUGGUGAGACCGAAUGUGGUUCUCCCCUCGAGCUCAACUGCUGGAAUGCCGUCGAAGGUGCCGUCGACUGAUCGUUCCUCUCCGCGUCGUUUGCAUGGCCCUUCCUCAAGCGGUCUACCCUCUCCAUCUGCGACGCCCACCAAAUCCACCAGCGGAGGUCAGAUGCUUUGGCCCGUCCGAGAAUUCAUAGGGCCGAAGAGGCGAAUUGAAGAGCUCCAGGAAAGCUCGAGUGAAGACGACGACGAGCCUCUCAUGAAGCGUCUAAAGUUCAGCAGCACUAGCGGGCGGAUUGGGUGGAGCAGGACCAGAGCUUUGGGUGGGAGCGCUCCUUCGAGCUCUUUGUCGACCAGAAUGCAGUUACACACGCCAGAGUCGUCUCCCGUCAAAACAUCGCCCCAAAACGUAUAG